AUGCAGGUUUCCAGCCUUAUGUGCGCUCUUGUGGCCGUUGGUGCCAGCCUUGGUCUCGCUACUCCUCUCAAUGACAAUAGCGCUGCCACUCAAUCUUGCCCAAGCGAUACUCAUACUGCGGUGUAUGUUAAGCCUCUGAAAGAUGUCUUCAUCGCGCCACCUCCCCUCCACCCCACCCCCCAACAACAAAAAGCCUUUCUUAAACGUAUGGCCCGUAGGAAUGCAACGGUGCCUUCUGCAAGAUUGUCGGAUCAAACCUGGAUUGCGACGAAGGAAACAACUUAA